AUGGCUGAAGAUGGCAGUGAUGAGACUAUGUUUAUUUGGUGCGAGGACUGUGGGCAGUACCAUGAUUCAGAGUGUCCUGAACUGGGCCCAGUGGUGACAGUCAAAGACUCCUUUGUAUUGAGCAGGGCAAGAUCAUCUCUUCCUUCCAAUUUGGAGAUAAGACAAUUGGAAGAUGGGACUGAAGGAGUGUUUGCUCUGACUCAGCUAGUGAAACGUACCCAGUUUGGCCCAUUUGAAUCCAAGAGAGUUGCCAAGCUGGAAAAAGAAUCAGUUUUUCCCCUGAAGGUGUUCCAGAAGGAUGGGCCCCUGGUAUAUUUUGACACCUCAAAUGAAGACGAUUGCAACUGGAUGAUGAUGGUGCGACCAGCCACCGAAUACGAACAUCAAAACUUAACUGCCUUCCAGCAUGACAAUGAUAUUUACUUCACUACCUCUCGGGACAUCCCACCAGGAACUGAGCUGCGAGUGUGGUAUGCAGCUUUUUACGCCAAAAAAAUGGAAAAGCCAAUGCUGAAGCAGGUCACUAGUAUUGCCAAUGAUAUGUGCUUGGUAGUGAUGGAAUCUGAUAAAGAGCGGAAUAAAAUCUCUUCAAAACCCUCGUCUGCUGUCUUCCCCCAUAAAAAAACGAAGAAAUCCAGCAUACCAGCAGCUGAUCCAGCAGUGAAUGCUCCAGAAGACAGUGGAGCUGCAGAAGCUGAGGCCAGCCAGUGGACGUGUAAAGUAUGUUCAUCUGCUUUCCAGAAGCCUCAGCUGCUGACAGAGCACUUGCUGAGUCACCUGGAACAAGCUAAAGGUGCUCCCCAAACCAGCCAAAAUGAGGCUGUCGCAGAGAAAGCAGCAGAGGCUUGCCCUGUGGAUCAUCCAGUGAUUUCCGAUGCAGCCAGUGCCAGUACAGACUCAAGGAGGAAGGCCAGGCGGGGAAGAAAGCCCAAAACAGCAAAAGCAGAAACACCUCUUGUCGUUGUUGAAGAGAAAGAUUCUGCAGCGGAACGUGGAGCUGACGUUGUACCUGAGGUCCCACCAGGAGAGGUAGCCCUGCCUUCAGCUGCAGAAGAGAGGAUUAUGGAAUUGGUUUUAGGAAAGAUGCCCAGCACCACAAAUAGCAUCAGUUCAGUGACAAAGUUUGCCCAUCACCAAAACACCAUGUCCCUCAAAAGAAGUUUAAUUCUCUCCAGUAGACAUGGUAUACGGCGGAAGCUGAUAAAACAACUUGGGGAGCACAAGCGAGUCUAUCAGUGCAGUAUUUGCAGUAAGAUCUUCCAGAACAGCAGCAACCUCAGCAGGCACAUCCGUUCUCAUGGUGACAAACUAUUUAAAUGUGAGGAAUGCGCAAAGCUGUUCAGCCGUAAAGAGAGCCUGAAGCAGCACGUUUCAUACAAGCACAGCAGGAACGAAGUUGACAGUGAGUACAGAUACAAGUGCACCACAUGUGAAAAGGCCUUUCGGAUAGAGAGUGCGUUGGAAUUCCAUAACUGCAGGACAGAUGACAAGACAUUCCAGUGUGAGAUGUGUUUCAGAUUCUUUUCUACAAACAGUAAUCUUUCAAAACACAAGAAAAAGCAUGGAGAUAAGAAGUUUGCAUGUGAAAUCUGCAAUAAGAUGUUCUAUCGGAAGGACGUCAUGCUAGACCAUCAAAGACGACACUUAGAAGGGGUGAGACGUGUGAAAAGAGAAGACUUUGAGCACAGCACGGAAAAUAUGGUUCGCUACAAGAAGGAGCCUUCGGGAUGCCCUGUGUGUGGGAAGGUAUUUUCAUGUAGGAGCAACAUGAACAAACACCUUUUAACACAUGGAGACAAGAAAUACACCUGUGAAAUCUGUGGACGUAAAUUUUUCAGGGUGGAUGUGUUGAGAGAUCAUAUUCAUGUCCAUUUUAAGGACAUAGCACUAAUGGAUGAUCACCAGAGGGAAGAGUUCAUUGGUAAAAUUGGAAUCUCAUCAGAGGAAAAUGAUGACAACUCUGAUGAAAGUGCAGAUUCUGAGCCUCACAAGUAUAGCUGCAAAAGGUGCCAGUUAACUUUCGGCAGAGGGAAGGAGUACCUGAAGCACAUCAUGGACGUGCACAAGGAGAAAGGCUAUGGCUGUAGCAUUUGUAACCGACGCUUUGCCUUGAAGGCAACUUACCACGCGCACAUGGUCAUUCAUCGGGAGAACCUGCCCGAUCCUAAUGUGCAGAAAUACAUCCAUCCAUGUGAAAUCUGUGGAAGGAUUUUUAACAGUAUAGGAAAUCUGGAAAGACAUAAGCUAAUACAUACAGGUGUAAAAAGUCAUGCUUGUGAGCAAUGUGGCAAAUCAUUUGCUAGAAAAGACAUGUUAAAAGAACAUAUGCGAGUCCAUGAUAAUAUCCGAGAAUACUUGUGUGCAGAAUGUGGCAAAGGAAUGAAGACAAAACAUGCACUUCGUCACCACAUGAAACUUCACAAAGGGAUUAAAGAAUAUGAAUGCAAGGAAUGUCACCGAAAAUUUGCACAGAAAGUCAACAUGCUGAAGCAUUACAAAAGACACACGGGAAUCAAAGAUUUCAUGUGUGAGCUCUGUGGCAAGACGUUUAGUGAGAGAAAUACAAUGGAGACUCAUAAGUUGAUUCAUACAGUAGGAAAACAGUGGACAUGUUCAGUCUGUGAUAAGAAGUAUGUCACUGAUUACAUGCUACAGAAGCACAUCCAGCUCACUCAUGAUAAGGUAGAAGCCCAGAGCUGUCAGCUGUGUGGGACAAAGGUAUCUACCAGAGCAUCCAUGAGUCGACAUAUGAGGCGUAAACAUCCAGAG